CAGACAGCGAGUGAGCGAGCGCGAGAGAGAGACCUAGUGAGGGAGGGAGGGAGGGAGUCAGUGUUAGUGGAGCGCAGACAGAAGACGGGCGCUGAAGGAGGCUGUCGGGCAGAAACACCACGAUCAUGAGUCAGAAACACACUGCAGCAUAGAGACACACACCGAGGAGCAAACGACAGCGGGACCGCGACCCAAGGAGUGUGUUCGAAUCCGUGAGACAGACAGACAGACAGACAGAGAAAGGAGAGAGGGCUGCUGUCUCUUGGUCUUCUCCCCGUCGGCGUGAGGUUGCGGCAGGCAUGGCGUCGGAGCCGGGCACCCAGUCCAGAGUGAUGUUUCAGACCAAAGAGGAGGAGCCUGCCCAACGCAAACUGGGCAAACUGACGGUCAAAUACAACCGCAAAGACCUCCAGAGGAGGCUGGACAUCGAGGAGUGGAUCGACGGGCAGCUGCACCUGCUGUACGACUGCGAGGAGGAGGAGAUCCCCGAGCUGGAGAUCGACAUCGAUGAGCUUCUGGAGCUGACGGACGCCGAGCAGAGAUCUCGACUGCACGAGCUUUUGCAAGAAUGUGGAAAGCCAAAGGAGGUCAGAUCUCCAGCCAUGGCGGAGUGCGAUGCCGAUUGGGAGCUGUGUAAAGAAAACAUCCAGCCCUUGAGACAAGGCCGCUCAGUUUCGGCCCUUCACCAGGCCCUGUGCCAGCAGCAGGAGGGAAACCACACAGCCCUCAAUCAGCAAAAACAGGCGUUUGAGUCUGAGCUACGGAUGUACGAUGGAGACGAUCCUCUAGACGUCUGGGUCAGGUACAUCAAGUGGACAAAGCAGACGUAUCCGCAGGGAGGAAAGGAGAGUAAUUUAUCCGUGCUUCUCGAAAGAGCCGUGACGCGCUUCACAUCCGACAAGAAGUAUCUCGACGACGGCCGCUACGUGGAGCUCUGGAUCGAGUUCGGCGAGGGCUGCUCGGACCCGAUGGACGUGUACCGCUACAUGCACGCUCAGGGCAUCGGAUGCAGGCAGGCCGCGCUCUACAUCGCCUGGUCCGAGGAGUACGAGAAGAGGGGGAAUAUAAAGAUGGCUGACGGCGUGUUUCAGGACGGCAUCAAGUGUGGAGCGGAGCCUGCGGAGAAGCUGCGCGUGUUUCACAGGGCUUUGCAGGCUCGAGCGUGCAGACAGAUGAUGUCAUCUAUGACCGAUCAACAGAGAGAUGAUGAAGAUGAUGAAGACGAGGGACCGGCAGAGCCUCAGCGAGCCUCUCUGGUUGAGCUCAAAGCCAAGGGGAAGAAGAAGGCCGUGGUUCCCAUCAACAGAGCGAGCGCGUCGGUGGGAUAUGCUCGCGGGCUCCAGUUCAAACAGCCGCUGGGCCCCAAGCAGAACAGCCGGCUGGUGGUUUUCGAUGAGAGUAAAGCUCCCGAAGCCGAGACGCGGGAGCCCAAAUUGGAGAUGUGGACGGCGCCGCCUGCUGCCCGAGCCAAAGAGAACGAGCAGAAGGCCGAGAAGUGGACGGACGUGAAGUUGCCCCUGAAGUCCAGAUCGGGCCUCGGCGUCGCCGUCCCGGCCCCGAAAGCCAGCUUCCAGCCGUUUGUGGAGGAGGACGAGCAGCCGCCCGCUGUGACUCCGUGUAAAAUCAACCCGGCGGUGAACCCGGUGCUGUCGGCGCGCAGGCCCUGCCGGCCGGAGCAGACGCCUCUGAAGACGCUGCAGGAGCGGAUGCAGCUCCACACGGAGGAGGACGUCCGGAGCCGGGAGCAGAGCAUGUACUGCAGAGAGCUGCUGUACGGCGGAGCCAGCGAGUUCUGCUUCGAGGAGCUGCGGGCCGAACGCUACCGCCACAAACACCCUCACCUCGCCGUCUGAAAGAUCGGCACGCUCAGUACUUCUUGUGUUUCUGUGUUUUUUUUUUUUUUUUGUACAUACUUUUUAUUUUGUACAUACAUGCUUUUUUUUUAACAACACGUAGUUUUUUUGUUGUUGCAUUUGUUGAAUAGGCAUUAUUUGUUUGUAGGCGGGACUUCAAUAAAUGCAAACGAUUCUAA